ACGCUUCUCCAAGUUUGUUCAUCAUUUCAGCUUUGGAGCUUGAGCUGGAAACAGACUCGACUCGUCUGGAUAAAACUUAUUAUUCCUCAGAGUUUGAUACGACGAAGACAAUGAAGCUGUUCGUGUUUCUGCUUUGCCUUGUUCACGGAGUGUCAGCAGUGACUCACUCUCUGAAGUAUUUCUACACGGCCUCGUCUCAAGUCCCAAACUUCCCAGAGUUUGUGGUUGUUGGUUUGGUUGAUGAAGUUCAGAUGUUUCACUAUGACAGCAACACCAAGAAAGCAGAGCCCACACAGGACUGGAUGAAGAAAUACACAGAGGAUGAUCCACAGUACUGGGAGAGUCAGACUAAUGGGUUGUUGGUUCAGCAGCAGGUCUUCAAAGCCAACAUUGAAACUGUAAAGCAGCGCCUCAACCAAACUGGAGGUGUCCACAUUGUCCAGACGAUGUACGGCUGUGAAUGGGAUGAUGAGACUAAUGAGGUGAAGGGAUAUCGUCAGGAUGGUUAUGAUGGAGAGGACUUCAUAGCAUUCGACCUGGAGUCAGGGCAGUUUAUUGCUCCAAAACCAGAGGCUGUUCUCACCAAAAACAAGUGGAACAAUGACAAAGCUGAGAUCGCACAGAGGACGAACUACCUCACUCAGAUUUGUCCUGAGUGGUUGAAGAAGUAUGUGAACUAUGGGAGGAGCUCUCUGAUGAGAAAAGACGUCGCCUCAGUGUCUCUCCUCCAGAAGACUCCCUCCUCUCCAGUCAGCUGCCACGCUACAGGUUUCUACCCUGACAGAGCCAUGAUGUUCUGGAGGAAAGAUGGAGAGGAGACUCAUGAAGGAGUGGAACAAGGAGAGAUCCUCCCCAACCAUGAUGGAUCCUUCCAGAUCAGUGUUGACCUGGAUAUUAAAUCAGUCUCAGACUGGGGGAAGUACGAGUGUGUGUUUCAACUCUCUGGAGUCAAGGACAUUGUCACCAAACUGGACAAAAGCACCAUCAUAAGCAAUGAAGGGAACUCCCUCAUCAUGAUCAUUGCCAUCGUUGUUGCUGCAGUGAUUCUUGUUGCUGUCGCUGUGCUUGGAUUCAUUGUUUAUAAGAAGAAGUCAGAGAAACAGACUCCAUCUCCUGCAGAGAGCGGAGAGGUCCAGAUGAUGAUGCCACAAGCCUGAAACACCACUAUGAAUCACCACAGUUUAUGGAUGAAUGUUGUGCAGGAAUGAGGAGCUCUGACAACAAAUCCACCUAAACUGGGAAUUCAUUGUUCCACAUCAUUCAUAACAUAAAUUGACUGAGUUGUUGUGAAUCUAACCACAGAUGCUUAUUGAUUUAAUAGAUAUAAAACAAUUUGGCAAAAUAAAUAAAACAAAUACACAUAAAAUAAUAUAAAACUAAAAUAUGACCUUAAAUAGUUUUAAUCAUUUGUUUUUGUUGAAAAGUGGAAUUUCCUCUGGAAAAAAAUAAACAUAUUGGUAAAUCAAAUAAAGUUGAUUAUUAUACUAUUACAAUAUUUUAAACAAUGAAAGCAUCACAACACUCUUCAUACAAACAAUUCAUUUAAAGAUCUGUGUGUUGAUCUGAAUCAGUUCCAUCAUAAUGACAGUUUAUUGUUUCUGGUGUUGGGUUUUUUCUGGUAUAUCAACAAAUAAAUCAUCAAUAUAAUAACACAAAUAAAUCAUCCAUAUAAUAACACAAAUAUAUCAGUAGAAAUAAACGGACACACAUGUCCACAUACAUGCAUUCAUCUUUUACUCCAUAGGUUUGAUUAUAGUUGUGAUGAUGAUGAAAACUGUUUAUUAAGCUGUAGUUUUGACAGUCCUACUAAAGAUUACAUCUAGCACCCCUAUGAGGGGUGGAGAUAUGGGUUUGGAUCAGUGUGAGUCCUCUGAAUCUCUCUCUGGGAUAAAUCAGACAGGAAAUAAAUGAACUGAGUUUUAUAUCACUGUAUUAAAUAUCUGGACUUGUCAGGAAUUUAUUGAACUCAUCAUUUCUGUUUAGUUUCUUCUAAAGUUCAUCAUUCAAUCCUUGUUAAAUUUCCAGAAAACACUUGUGACAUAAUGAUAUAAAAAUUAUGACGUGGCCCCUUUUCUCAUAACCACAGAUUUAGAGUUCUGUAAAUAUUCUGCCUGUAUAUUUAAUUAAACUGAGAAAGUAAAUUCAGUUCAGGGCUAAUUAGUAAUAAGUUAUAUGUUUGAAGUUAUUCUUGAUUAAGAGAGAAUGUCUGUUUCUUUUCAUGUCCAUUUUUCUCUUUUUGAUUGUUUUACACAUUAUAUUUAGAUUUUUUCUUGUGAUUCAGGAAGAUUGUGAGAUAUUUUAUGAAAUAAGUUGUUGAAAACAUUUUCUGCUUGUAUUUAGAGAUAAUGGACUCUUUCUUGCUUCUGUUUAAAGAGAUGUCAGAGAUAGAUUUAGAGAUUAAACUGAUUCUCAGAUCAGUCCUUGUGUUGGAUUAAGUAGAUGACUGUUAAAUGAAGUUUCAUUGCUCUUUCAUUUCUUUGUACUGUUUGUUUGCUUUUCAAUAAAUUCACCAAUAAUCCAGA